GAUUGGGUUAGUAACGAAAUCGGAACGUUCGCUUCAGUCGUCUACCAAGCGAAUUAGUCCAGAAUAUAUUACCAUACCAAAAUGGGAGCUUUCAAUGCAAGGAUCGGUGUCCUGGCGGCCUGUCUUCUGAUGGCGGCCCAGGCCAGCGGCUACACGAUGGAGCAGAUGUGCGCCCAGUGGUCGGGCGAGGGCUAUGUGGGCAAUCCGAGCAACUGCCGUGCCUGGGGCUACUGCAAGGGCCAGAUGCUGGUUAGCUGGGGAACGUGUCCGGAUGACUAUAUUUACAACUCGCAGACAGGCAUAUGUGCCGAUGCCUCGACGACGAUUUGCUCGACAAGUGCGACGAAGACCUGCGAAUCGGCCGCCUCGCCCAUGUACGUGGCCAAUCCGAUGAACUGCACCGAGUACUGCUACUGCGAUGGCAAGGGAGGCUUGGAGUACGGCGCCUGCCAGGAGGGCCUCUACAGUGCCAGCAGCAUAAGCUGCAUCUAUGCCAACAGCUGUCCGCAGGACACCAUCUGCCGGUUCAUGCAGUCGAACAUCUAUGUCGGCGAUCCGGACAACUGCGGCAGCUACAUCGCCUGCCUCAAUGGCUAUGGAACCUCCGCCAAGUGUGCCGAUAACCUGUUCUACAACGCGGCCACCGGUAUGUGCCAGAAGGCCAGUGUAACCUGUAACGGCGACGAUAGCAACAGUGGAAAUGCCGGGCAGUUUACAGUUGGCUACACAAAUUCAUCUGGAUGCCCUGCUGAUUACUUCAAAGCCUCAGAGGAGAUCACUGUGGACGGAGAAGUUCAGGACUAUAAAUACGUUUCUGAUUGGACCACCUGCUAUGGCUUCUACUACUGUGCAAAUGCAGGAGCCACUGGUGUUUGGAACCAAUGCCCCACUGGUACUCAUUUUGACCCCACUAAGGGCGAGUGCGUUUCCCCGGCCGCCUAUGCCUGUCCCCAUAACCGAUGUGGCAACAUAAACAAUCCAUUCAUGGCCGUGUCGGAUACCACCUGCAACACCUACACGGUCUGCUCCACCGGAGCGACCGGAAAUUGCCCCACCACCGCGCAGUUCUACGACGAGAUUCACAAUAUCUGCACCACAAAAAAUCCCGGUUACGCCGUUUGCGAAGCAGCUGCCUAAGAUCCCCUUUAGCCACCUAUAUUUUCCGAAUUACCUUGCAACAAGCAUAUGAUGUAACAUGAGCCCUAUCCCUGUUUUUAACCCUACUCCUGCAAGGACUGCGGGACAAGCAAUCAAAAGAAAUUAAUAAAAAAAAACGUCGACUUUGACCAA